CUCUUCCCUAACAGCUGCUGCUCACUCAGCUCAUAAGCCAGGGUCAGUGACCAGGGCAGCAGCAACUUCUCCCGCUCCUGGGAAGUGGAUCCGCUCGGGGCCACCGCAAUGCCGGGAGCAGCCUGGGUCCUCCUGGUCCUGCUGCUGAGUGGAGGCCUCGCGGGCGGCCAGGCACAGCAGCAGCGACAGCCACAGGCGCAUCAGCAAAGAGGUUUAUUCCCUGCUGUUCUGAAUCUUGCUUCUAAUGCUCUCAUCACCACUAAUGCAACAUGUGGAGAAAAGGGACCUGAAAUGUUUUGCAAACUGGUAGAGCAUGUUCCUGGCCAGCCUGUGCGGAACCCCCAAUGUCGAAUCUGCAAUCAAAACAGCAGCAAUCCAUACCAGAGACACCCGAUUACAAAUGCUAUCGAUGGGAAGAAUACUUGGUGGCAGAGUCCCAGUAUUAAGAAUGGGAUUGAAUACCAUUAUGUGACAAUUACACUGGAUUUACAGCAGGUGUUCCAGAUUGCUUAUGUGAUUGUGAAAGCAGCUAACUCCCCUAGGCCUGGAAACUGGAUUUUGGAACGUUCUCUUGAUGAUGUUGAGUACAAACCUUGGCAGUAUCAUGCUGUGACAGACACAGAAUGCCUAACCCUCUACAAUAUUUAUCCCCGAACUGGGCCGCCAUCCUAUGCCAAAGAUGAUGAGGUCAUCUGCACUUCAUUUUAUUCCAAGAUACAUCCCUUAGAAAAUGGAGAGAUUCAUAUCUCUUUGAUAAAUGGAAGACCAAGUGCUGAUGAGCCUUCUCCUGAACUGUUAGAAUUUACCUCUGCUAGAUACAUUCGUCUGAGAUUUCAGAGGAUCCGCACCUUGAAUGCAGAUUUGAUGAUGCUUGCACACAAAGACCCAAGGGAAAUUGACCCCAUUGUCACACGAAGAUAUUACUACUCGGUCAAGGAUAUUUCAGUUGGAGGAAUGUGUAUCUGCUAUGGUCAUGCCAGGGCUUGUCCACUUGAUCCAGUGACAAAUAAAUCCCACUGUGAAUGUGAGCAUAAUACCUGUGGUGAAAGCUGUGACCACUGCUGCCCUGGAUUCCAUCAGAAACCUUGGAGAGCUGGAACUUUCCUGACUAAAACUGAAUGUGAAGCAUGCAAUUGUCAUGGAAAAGCUGAAGAAUGCUAUUAUGAUGAAAAUAUUGCCAUAAGAAAUCUGAGUUUAAAUAUACAUGGAAAGUACAUUGGAGGUGGUGUGUGCGUUAACUGCACCCAAAAUACUGCUGGCAUAAACUGUGAGACGUGUAUUGAUGGUUUCUUCAGACCAAAAGGGGUAUCUCCAAAUUACCCAAGCCCAUGCCAGCCAUGUUAUUGUGAUCCAGUUGGUUCCUUAAGUGAAGUCUGUGUCAAGGAUGUAAAACAUGCCCCAAAAGGGCUGGCGCCUGGAUCCUGUUAUUGCAAAUCUGGCUUUGGAGGGGUGAUCUGUGAUCGGUGUGCCAGGGGCUACUUUGGCUAUCCAGACUGUAGACCGUGUAACUGCAGUGGCAUCGGGAGUACAAAUGAGGACCCUUGUGUUGGACCAUGUAACUGCAAGGAUAAUGUUGAAGGUGGAGACUGCAAUCAUUGCAAACCUGGCUUCUUCAAUUUGCAAGAGGAUAACCCUAAAGGUUGUGAUGAGUGUUUCUGUUCAGGAGUUUCAAACAGAUGUCAGAGUUCCUAUUGGACCUAUGACAAUAUACAAGAUAUGAAUGGCUGGUUUCUGACUGACAUCUCAGGUCACAUUCGAGUGACCCCCCAGAAGGACUUCCAGGAGAUCAGCAUCAGUACUCUGGAAGCCCAAAGAAGCCUGCCUCAGAAUUACUUCUGGAGUGCUCCAGCUACAUACCUGGGAAACAAAUUUACAGCGGCUGGUGGACAAUUGGCAUUCUCCUUCUCAUAUAACUCGGAGGAAGAAGAUACACAACACACGCUCCAGAUUAUGGUUAUCUUAGAGGGGAAUGGCUUGAGAAUAAGCACAGUUCAAGAUGAGGUAUAUCUGCAACCCUCUGAAGAACAUAUUAAUGUAUUUCAACUUAAAGAAGAAUUAUUUACCAAGUAUGGCACCAAUUACCCUGUCAAUAGAAAAGAGUUUAUGACUGUGCUUGCAAAUUUAAAGAGACUUCUUAUACAAAUCACAUACAGCCUUCGAAUGGAUGCCAUCUUCAGGUUGAGCUCUGUUGAUCUUGAAUAUGCUGUCCCCUAUCCAACUGAUGGAAGCAUUGCAUCAGCCAUGGAAGUUUGUCAGUGUCCACCCGGCUAUGCUGGAUCUUCUUGUGAAUCUUGUUGGCCUAGAUAUAGAAGAAUCAAUGGCACAAUUUUUGGUGGCAUCUGUGAACCAUGUCAAUGUUUUGGCCAUGCAGAAUCUUGCGAUGACAUCACUGGAGAAUGUUUGAACUGUAAGGAUCACACAGGUGGUCCUUAUUGCAGCCAGUGUCUUCCUGGUUUCUUUGGAGAUCCUACAAAAGGAACCUCUGAUGACUGUCAGCCCUGUGCAUGUCCCCUCAAUAUGCCAUCCAAUAACUUUAGUCCGACGUGUCAUUUAGACCGCAGUCUUGGACUCAUCUGUGAUGAAUGCCCUGACGGGUACACAGGACCACGCUGUGAGAGGUGUGCAGAAGGCUAUUUUGGACAACCUUCUGUACCUGGAGGAUCAUGUCAGCCAUGCCAAUGCAAUGACAACCUUGACUUCUCCAUCCCUGGCAGCUGUGACAGCUUGUCUGGCUCCUGUCUGAUAUGUAAGCCUGGUACAACAGGCCGAUACUGCGAGCUCUGUGCUGAUGGUUAUUUUGGAGACGCAGUUGAUGCAAAGAACUGUCAGCCUUGUCCUUGUAAUGUCAACGGCUCAUUUUCUGAGGUUUGCCACACAAGGACAGGACAAUGUGACUGCAAGCCCAAUGUGCAGGGGUGGCGGUGUGAUGAAUGCAAGCCUGAAACUUUUGGCCUACAAUCAGGAAGAGGGUGUAUUCCCUGCAAUUGCAAUUCUUUUGGAUCUAAAUCAUUUGACUGUGAAGAGAAUGGUCAAUGUUGGUGCCAGCCUGGAGUAACAGGAAAGAAGUGUGACCGCUGUGCUCACGGCUAUUUCAACUUCCAAGAAGGAGGGUGCACAGCUUGUGACUGUGCCCAUCUGGGCAAUAAUUGUGACCCAAAGACUGGCCAGUGCAUCUGUCCACCGAAUACCAUUGGAGAGAAAUGUUCUAAAUGUGCACCUAACACCUGGGGCCACAGUAUUGUCACUGGAUGUAAGGCGUGUAAUUGCAGUGCUGUGGGAUCUUUGGAUUUCAAAUGCAAUAGAAACACAGGUCAAUGUAACUGUCAUCCAAAAUUCUCUGGUGCUAAAUGUACAGAGUGCAGACGAGGUCACUGGAACUACCCUCAUUGUAUUCCUUGUGAUUGCUUCCUGCCUGGGACUGAUAGCACAACCUGUGAUUCAGAGACCAAAGAAUGCUACUGUAGCGAUCAGACUGGGCAAUGCACUUGUAAGGUGAAUGUGGAAGGUAUUCAUUGUGACAAGUGCCAGUCUGGCAAAUUUGGUCUUGAUGCAAAAAACCCACUUGGCUGUAGCAGCUGCUAUUGCUUUGGUGUUAGUACUCAGUGCUCGGAAGCAAAAGGAUUGAUCCGUACAGUGUUGACUCUGCAGCCUCAGCAGACCAUUCUGCCCCUGGUGGAUGAGGCACUGCAGCACACAACUACCAAAGGCAUUGCUUUCCAACAACCAGAGAUCAUUGCACACAUGGAUCCCGUGAGACAAGAUCUCCAUUUGGAGCCUUUUUAUUGGAAACUUCCAGAGCAAUUUGAAGGAAAGAAGUUGAUGGCCUAUGGUGGCAAACUCAAGUAUGCCAUCUAUUUCGAGGCUCGGGAUGAGAUAGGUUUCUCUACAUACAAACCUCAAGUUAUCAUAAGAGGUGGAACUCCUAGUCAUGCUAGAAUUAUCACCAGACAUAUGGCUGCGCCUCUCAUUGGACAGUUGACACGGCAUGAAAUUGAAAUGACAGAGAAAGAAUGGAAAUACUAUGGAGACGACCCUCGAGUCAGUAGAACUGUGACCCGUGAAGACUUCAUGGAUAUACUAUAUGAUAUUCAUUAUAUUCUUAUCAAAGCUACUUAUGGAAAUGGCAUGAGACAAAGCAGGAUUUCUGAAAUUUCCAUGGAGGUGGCUGAACAAGGACACAGAACAGCGGUGACUUCCCCAGCUCACUUGAUAGAAAGAUGCGAUUGUCCCCCAGGUUAUUCUGGCUUUUCCUGUGAGACAUGCAUGCCAGGCUUUUACCGACUGCGCUCUGAAUCUGGUGGCCAUACCCCUGGACCAACCCUGGGUACUUGUGUUCCUUGUCAGUGUAAUGGACACAGCAGUCUGUGUGACCCUGAAACCUCCAUAUGCCAGAAUUGUCAACACCAUACUGCUGGUGACUUCUGUGAACGAUGUUCUCUUGGAUACUAUGGAAUUGUCAGGGGCUCACCAAAUGAUUGUCAGCAAUGUGCUUGUCCUCUGACUUCUUCCAGCAACAACUUUAGUCCCUCUUGUGUCAUGGAAGGCUUGGAUGAUUAUCGCUGCACAGCUUGCCCACGGGGAUAUGAAGGCCAGUACUGUGAAAGGUGUUCCCCUGGCUAUACUGGUAGCCCAAGCAGCCCUGGAGGCUCCUGCCAAGAAUGUGAGUGUGACCCCCAAGGCUCACUUCCUGUCCCCUGUGACCCUGUCACAGGGAUCUGCACGUGCCGACCUGGAGCCACGGGUCAGAAGUGUGACGGCUGCAGGCAGUGGCAUGCACGAGAGGGCAUGGAGUGUAUUUUUUGUGGAGAUGAUUGUACGGGUCUUCUUCUCGGUGACUUGGCUGUCCUAGAGCAGAUGGCCAUGAGCAUCAACCUUACAGGACCAUUGCCUGCUCCAUAUAAAAUGCUGUAUGAUAUUGAAAAUACAACUGGGGAACUGAAGCACUUGCUCUCACCUCAAAGGGCUCCAGAGAGACUUACUCAGUUGGCAGAGGGCAGUCUGAGCACACUUACAACAGAAAUGAAUGAACUCCUGACCAGGGCUACCAAAGUGACAGCAGAUGGCAAGCAAACUGGACAGGAUGCCGAGAGGACCAACGGAAGAGCAAGCUCUUUAAGAGAAUCCAUGAAGAAGCUUGUCCAGGAUGCAGAAGCUGUAAAUGAAAAAGCUGUAAAACUAAAUGAAACGCUAGGAACUCAAGACAAGGCCUUUGAGAGAAAUUUGCAAGAGCUUCAGAAAGAGAUUGAUCAAAUGUUGACAGAACUGAGGAGAAAAAAUCUAGAUACACAAAAGGAAGUUGCUGAAGAUGAGUUGGUAGCUGCAGAAGGUCUUCUAAAAAAGGUAAAGAAACUUUUUGGAGAAUCUCGUGGAAAAAAUGAAGCAAUGGAGAAAAAUCUACGGGAGAGACUGGAAGACUACCAAAACAAAGUUGAUGAUGCUCAGGACCUUUUACGUGAAGCUGUAGAAAAAAUCAGAGAAGCCAAUCGCUUAUCUGCAAUAAACCAGAAAAACAUGACUGCUCUGGAUCACAAGAAGGAGGCUAUAGAAAGUGGCAAGCAGCAAAUUGAAAACACUUUGAAAGAAGGCAGUGAAGUCCUUGAUGAAGCCAGCCGUCUUGCAAAUGAAAUCAAAUCUGUCAUAGAUUAUGUUGAAGACAUUCAGACUAAAUUGCCACACAUGUCUGAUGAGCUUAAAAGUAAAAUAGAUGAACUCUCCCAAGAAGUAAAGGACAGGAAGCUUGCUCAGAAGGUGUCCCAGGCUGAAAGCCAUGCAGCUCAGCUGAAUGACUCAUCUGCUGUUCUUGAUGGAAUUCUUGACGAGGCUAAAAACAUCUCUUUCAAUGCCACGGCAGCCUUCAAAGCUUACAGUAAUAUUAAGGACUACAUCGAUGAAGCUGAGAAAAUUGCCAGGGAAGCCAAAGGUCUUGCACAUGAAGCUACAAAACUGGCAACACACCCUGAUGGUUCAUUAAAGGAAGUUGCCAAAAGCUCUCUUCAGAAAAGUUUUGGGAUUCUUAAUGAAGCCAAAAAAUUAGCAAAUGAUGUGAAAGAAAAUGAUGAUCGCUUGAAUGGCUUGACAGCCAGAUUAGAAAAUGCUGAUGCUCAAAAUGAGAAUCUUCUGAAAACUUUGAAUGAUACAUUGGGGAAGCUAGCCACCAUUCCAAAUGACACAGCUGCUAAACUGCAAGCUGUUAAGGACAAAGCAAGACAAGCCAACAACACAGCGAAAGAUGUACUGGCACAGAUUAAAGAUAUUCACCAGAACCUUCAUGGCCUGAAGAGAAAUUACAAUCAACUAGCAGACAGCGUAGCCAAAACAAAUGCUGUGGUAAAAGAUCCUUCAAAGAACAGUAAGAUCUCAGAUGCAGAUGCCACUGUGAAAAAUCUAGAACAAGAAGCUGAUCGACUAUUAGAUAAACUCAAACCCAUCAAGGAACUUGAGGAUAAUCUUAAGAAGAACAUCUCUGAGAUAAAGGAACUGAUAAACCAAGCCCGGAAACAAGCCAAUUCUAUCAAAGUAUCUGUGUCUUCUGGAGGUGAUUGCAUUCGAACAUACAAACCAGAAAUCAAGAAAGGAAGCUACAAUAACAUCAUUGUCAAUGUAAAGACACAUGUUGCUGACAACCUCCUUUUUUAUCUUGGAAGUGCCAAAUUUGUUGACUUUCUGGCUAUAGAGAUGCGUAAAGGCAAAGUAAGCUUUCUCUGGGAUGUUGGAUCUGGAGUUGGACGUAUAGAAUAUCCAGAUCUGACAAUUGAUGAUUCAUAUUGGUACCGUAUUGAAGCCUCAAGAACUGGGAGGAAUGGAACUAUUUCUGUCAGAGCCCUUGAAGGACCCAAAGCCAGCAUCGUGCCCGGCACAUAUCAUUCAGUCUCUCCUCCAGGGUAUACUAUUCUGGAUGUGGAUGCAAAUGCAAUGUUGUUUGUUGGUGGCUUGACUGGAAAAUUGAAGAAAGCUGAUGCCGUACAUGUGAUUACAUUCACUGGUUGUAUGGGAGAAACAUUCUUUGACAGCAAACCAAUAGGACUGUGGAACUUCCAAGAAAAAGAGGGUGACUGCAAAGGAUGUACUGUCAGUCCUCAGGUAGACGACAGUGAGGGAACUAUUCAGUUCGACGGAGAAGGCUAUGCACUGGUCAGUCGCCCCAUUCGCUGGUACCCCAACAUCUCUACUGUCAUGUUCAAAUUCAGAACAUUUUCUUCAAGUGCUCUCCUGAUGUACCUUGCCACACGUGAUUUGAAAGAUUUCAUGAGUGUAGAGCUCACUGAUGGACACAUAAAAGUCAGUUAUGAUCUGGGUUCAGGAAUGGCUUCUGUUGUCAGCAAUCAAAACCAUAAUGAUGGGAAAUGGAAAUCAUUCACCCUAUCAAGAAUUCAAAAACAAGCCAAUAUAUCAAUUGUAGAUAUAGAUACUAACCAGGAGGAAAACAUAGCAACUUCAUCUUCUGGAAACAACUUUGGUCUUGACUUAAAAGCAGAUGACAAAAUAUAUUUUGGUGGAUUGCCAACACUGAGAAACUUGAGACCAGAAGUAAAUUUGAAUAAAUAUUCUGGCUGCCUUAAAGACAUUGAAAUUUCAAGAACACCAUAUAAUAUACUCAGUAGCCCUGAUUAUGUUGGCGUUACCAAAGGAUGUUCUCUGGAGAAUGUUUACACAGUUAGCUUCCCCAAGCCUGGAUUUGUGGAACUGCCCCCGGUGUCAAUUGAUGUAGGGACAGACAUCAACCUGUCCUUCAGCACAAAGAAUGAGUCUGGUAUCAUUCUCUUGGGAAGUGGAGGGACCCUCAGACGAAAAAGAAGGCAAACUGGACAGGCUUAUUAUGCGAUAUUCCUGAACAAGGGGCGCCUGGAAGUACAUCUCUCCACAGGGACACGAACAAUGAGGAAAAUUGUCGUCAAGCCAGAGCCAAGUCUGUUUCACGACGGGAGGGAACAUUCUGUUCACAUAGAGAGAAAUAGAGGCUUCUUUACUGUUCAAGUCGAUGAAAACAGAAGACAUAUGCAAAACCUGACAAUAGACCAAGCAAUUGAAGUUAAAAAGCUUUUCAUUGGGGGCGCUCCACCUGAAUUUCAACCUCCCCCACUCAGAAAUGUUCCUCCUUUUGAUGGCUGUGUCUGGAAUCUUGUCAUUAAUGCCAUCCCCAUGGACUUUGCACAGCCUGUAUCCUUCAAGAAUGCAGAUAUUGGCCGCUGUGUCCAUCAAAAACCACGUGAAGAUGAAGAUGGGGAGAUUCCAGCUGAAGUAGUUCUCCCACCUAAACCGGUUCCCACCCCAUCCCGCCCUGCACUCACCCCCUUUGUGACACAUGGUCCUUGUGCUGCAGAAUCAGAACCAGCUCUUUUGAUAGGGAGUAAACAGUUUGGACUUUCAAAAAACAGUCACAUUGCAAUUGCAUUUGAUGACACCAAAGUUAAAAACCGCCUCACAAUUGAGUUUGAAGUGCGAACUGAAGCUGAAUCAGGCUUGCUUUUUUAUAUGGCUCGGAUCAAUCAUGCUGAUUUUGCCACAGUUCAGCUGAGAAAUGGAUUGCCUUACUUCAGUUAUGACUUGGGAAGUGGUGAUACCAAUACUAUGAUCCCUACAAAAAUCAAUGAUGGCCAGUGGCACAAGAUUAAGAUUAUGAGAAUUAAGCAAGAAGGAAUUAUUUAUGUAGAUGGUGCUUCUAACAGAACUGUCAGUCCCAAGAAAGCUGAUAUCCUGGACGUUGUAGGAAUUCUGUAUGUUGGUGGGUUACCUAUUAACUACACUACUAGAAGAAUUGGUCCAGUAACCUACAGCAUUGAUGGCUGCGUCAGGAAUCUUCAGAUGGCAGAGGCCUCUGCUGAUCUUGAACAACCAACUUCCAGUUUCCAUGUCGGAACAUGUUUUGCAAGUGCUCAGAAAGGAACAUAUUUUGAUGGAACAGGUUUUGCCAAAGCAGUUGAUGGUUUCAAAGUGGGAUUAGAUCUUCUUAUAGAAUUUGAAUUCCGUACAACUAGAACCACUGGAGUUCUUCUGGGAAUCAGCAGUCAAAAAAUGGAUGGGAUGGGUAUUGAAAUGAUUGAAGAAAAGCUUAUGGUUCACGUGGACAAUGGUGCUGGUCGAUUCACUGCUGUCUAUGAUGCUGGGCUCCCAGGGCUACUGUGUGAUGGGCAGUGGCAUAAGGUCAGAGCCAACAAACUCAAACACCGUAUUGAGCUGACAGUAGAUGGAAACCAAGUGGAAGCACAAAGCCCAAAUCAAGCAUCUACAUCAGCUGAUACAAAUGACCCUGUAUUUAUUGGAGGGUUCCCAGCUGGCCUCAAACAGUUUGGCCUGACAACUAACGUUCGAUUCCGCGGCUGCAUCAGAUCUCUGAGGCUCACCAAGGGCACUGGCAAACCUCUGGAGGUUAAUUUUGCCAAAGCUCUGGAACUAACAGGCGUUCAACCUGUAUCAUGCCCAGUCAACUAAUAAAAAUAUGCUCUAUUCUAAGAAGAGCCCUUUAAAGGAAGUUUAUCAAGCAAAACAAAUACGCUUUACCUAUAUACAUUAUUAAAAUUAAUGUGUGCAUGUAUCUUGAAUUCUUUACUCAGAUGGUGCUAAUUCAGAUUCCAGACUGAAUUUUAAUUCAAGCUUUUCCCUCAAAUCCAUAAACAUUAAACCACUUAUUUCAUUCUAAAUAAUUCUUUGUUUUCCGUAUUUUUUUAUAGGCAAGAGGCAACAAACUGUAAUUUAUUCAAUUAGCAGUAUGCCCCGAUCAUCUCAACAAGUUCAGCUAUAAAUUUUGAAGGCAACUAUUUUUAAACUAAUUCUCGUUAAUACUUCUAUUAUAUUUUCCUAUGUAUUGUGAAGUUUAGCUUUCUGUACAAGUAACUGAAACUAACAGUGGAUCUGGCAUGUUUGAAUGGGAGCAAAGCAGAUCUCUUAUUCCCUCUGCUUGUAAAAGCAUUAGCAAAUUAUUUAUUUGAAUCAGGUUCAUUAGUAGAGAGUUUAAGUAACCAUAACAGCGAAUAACUUUUAAAGCUGGAGGCAGAGACUGUGGAUCAGGUACAGAUCAGAAAGCUUAAUUACUUGAUUUUCUUGUUGAGAAUGAUUUAUAGGCUUUGGAGGAAUGCAAGAACCAAGCUUCAGAAUGAGCUAAGCACACAGUUUAUAGUGCAGUAUUGAGGUUUGGAGAUUUAUGAUUUCAGUGAACAUCACAAUCUACACUUGGUAGAAGAAUAAUGCUAAAAUGUGUUUUUUACUUAACCACGAAACAAUAAACCAGUCAUUUAGCAGGUA